AUGAAGCCCUCAGCGAUACUCACAUUAUCAGCCUUGAGCUGUCAGGCCUCAGCCAGGUGGCUGGCCGCCUACGCCCCAGAACCAGUCAUAGACCUCAGAGGCGGCGACCUGUCCCGGCCAACCCAACCAGCAGACGUUUAUGAGUACCAAGAAUACGCCCCCGAGCCAACACCACCACCAUCCAAGGCCGUUGUGGACCUGCUGCUUCACAGGCGCCAGAGGACAGACUCGGGCUCAUCAUCAGAUAACACCUGGGAGAACGAUCAGACCUGUGGCUGGUUCUCAGGCAUCUCCUCCCGGGCCUACGACUGCCAGUCCCCACUCACCUGCUCCACCAACUCCGAGGAUGUCGUCGCCUGCGCCACCGACGGCCUCGAGCAGUUCUACACCGUCUGCCUCAACUACGAGGCCGUGCAGUCUAGCAAGUGCACGUCCGCAGGGCCGCAGACGGGCUGCUGCCAGAACGCCGACGAGCCCGAGUGCGGCACAUAUGUCUGGACGGGCACGCCCGCGCGGUCCAUGUUCAAGUGCUUCGCCACGGCCACCCUCAUCUCCAUGCUGGACGAGCCACAGUUUGUCAUCGACGCGUCGCGGUCCUCGGCGUCGGCUAGCUCCUCGAGCGCCGCGGCCGCCUCCAGGUCGUCGGCCGAGGCUGCCUCACGGAGCCGCGAUGGGCCUUCGACCGUGGUUGCUACUACCACCGCGGCGGACGGGUCCACAUCGACGGUGACGUCCGUGAUUGGAGGCCAGGCGGGUGCCAGUGCAGGUGCGGGUGCAGGCAGUGGAAAUGGAAAUGGAAAUGGCGGCGGCGGCGGUGGAAAUGGCGGUGGCUCCAGCAAUGGGGGUGCGAUUGCAGGCGGCGUCGUAGGCGGUGUUGCCUUCCUGGCCCUGCUGGCCUUUCUUCUGUGGUAUCUCAUGCGCAAGAGCAACAAGUUCUCCUUGUCCAUCUGCGGCGGGAACAGGAAGACCAGGAAGGAGAAGAACGUCGACGGCCGGACUUACAACAAGAACAACGUCAAGAACAACGUCAAGAGCGACAACAGGGCCUAUGACGAGCGGUCCUACAGCAACAGGAAUUCGUACGACAACAGGGCCUAUGACAACGCGAGGUCGUACGACAACCACGCAUACAGCGGUCAGGCCGGCGCGCCCAACCAGAACCCGAACUCGGGCGCCACACAAGGUCCUACGAAUCAGCAAUUCCACUUCCACAUGGAUGACGGCCGACAAGGCCCAUCGCCCGACUCCCGGCCCCCUGUUAUGCAGGAGCCGUCACCAGUCCACCUCGCCGGUGCGGUAGCAGCAGCAACGGCCCCCGCCCUGUCGCGGCGUGAGCAGCGGCGUCUAGCAAGGCAGCAGCGCACGCAAUCGGACGAGCUGGACCCAGAGAAGGUGGAAAUGGAGCAACAGGCACAGGGACAACAGGGCCAGCCUGACAAUGUCCAUUCUCACCGAUACCAUCCGUCCUCGGGUCAGCGGUAUCCAGACGCGCCACCCCCAGCUCCCAAGGCCCAAGGGCCGGAUAUGGACUUUAUCGGGCGGGGGAUGUGA